GGAUUGCCACAACCAUCUGUCACUUACAUACGACAGCAACAGCCCGAAUUGUUCAUAGAUCGAAAAUGAUGGCAGACUCAGCGUCCAUCAGGCAUACUACUCUUCGGAAUGGCACUCCGAAGGAGGUUGCCGAAUACCUCAAAGAGCUUCGAGCCAACGUCGCCGAUCCGACAUCCAUCACAUUCAACCUGCAUGAUGCAGUCGUGCGAGGUUCCAUCCCGCACAGCAUCUUCUCAAUCUGGAUCCCUAUAUCCGACGAUGCGAAGUCGAUCAUAGCAUCGCUCAGUCAGUCGGGGAGCACGCACGAAAGACAUGCGGCCAUCCGGGUAUUCCUCAAGGCCAUGCGAUCAGAGGAAACGAUGACUCCCGUAUGAGAUGCCGCAAGUGGUGCUCAAGGGGUUGCAGCAAAAAUGAGUGGUCUCAGCGUCAGGGAGGUCAAAAUGCUAUGCAACGGCCUCACCAGUACAGCUUCCCUCCCACGUGGACGAUCGCAGAGACACGCAAAAUUGACAGAAUUGGUCGCCAU